AUGACCGACCCGGCUGGACCACGACAAUCAGACAAGAUGGAGGAACGGACACAGCUUCGCCGGACUAAUUUCAAGCUCGGUCUGGUCAUGGAUGAAUCGGGCCAGGAGAAACGGAGACGGGAAGCCCUGGCGGUCCAAAGAGCACGCCGCUCAAAUACGUUUGACUCUAUCAGAGGAAUCGAAGACCUUGCGGAUUGUUUUCUGGGCGAGGAUGAUGAUGGAGAUCUUGAUUCGGAAGGAAGAUACGACGAUGCAGACGAGGAAGAAGAUGUCCAGAAUCCCCCGAAAGUCGGCCAACACCAUCAAGCCAAUGAAGACCAAUCAAUUUCGACUUGCAAACCAAACAAGUAUCGUAGGUUUCGCGACCGAUGCAUGAGGGCUGAAUUUCUAGACCUCUCGUCGGGUCUGCCUGCUUGGUUCGAGGAGGACUGGAUCUUGGUCGGCCCGGUACCUAAAGGCAAACGAUGUCUAGCGUUAACUCUGAACGAUCAAACCCGAUCCUCAUACGGCGGAAACAUGUCUACCCUCUUGCUGAGUCGACAAAACGCUCACCAAAUCGGCCAUUUUAACACUAACUUGCCACCGGGCUGCAUUGUUGAUUGUAUCUAUGAUCUUCCUAAUUGCAUUCUAUGGGUCCUGGAUAUCCUCAAAUGGAAGGAUCAAGCAAUGAUUGAUUGCGAAGCUAGUUUCAGAUUUUGGUGGCGUGAUGCUAAGUUAUCUGAACUCGUUCCACAAUCUUGGCCGACUUCGGCGACCCUGCUAUGCACAUCAAUACCUGCGUUGAGCGAUUUUUCCAAGACCCAGGUAGCCGAAAUAGCGGCGAAGAUGAGCACAUGUUCUACAGCUACGCGUGAGAUGACAGUGCGACCAAAUGAUGGUACCCAUUCGAAAUCUUUGCACUCCAUCAACUAUGAACACGAUGGUCUGCUCUUCUACCUCAAAUCUGCCACCUAUGAGUCUGGCGAAAGUGUGUUGGCUGGCUGGGUCCCACUGCAUGUACCUGAAGAAAAUUCAGAUGUACAUGGGAUCUCUAAACUCAAAUGGCUUUGUGAAAAUGGCCGAGAUGAAAUAGAAGAAUGCCAAAUGCAGAGUUGA